CCUGCGCGGGAAGGGCGGGUCAGCGCGCCGGUGCAGUGCGUCGGUCACUGGCUGGCGGCUGCGGAACGAACCUCGCGUCCCUUAGCGUCGGCCCGGGAGACGGCACGAUGGUGCUGGAUCUGGAUUUGUUUCGGGUGGAUAAAGGAGGGGACCCAGCCCUUAUCCGAGAGACACAGGAGAAGCGCUUCAAGGACCCAGGACUGGUGGAUCAGCUGGUGAAGGCAGACAGCGAGUGGCGACGAUGCAGAUUUCGGGCAGACAACUUGAACAAACUGAAGAACUUAUGCAGCAAGACAAUUGGAGAGAAAAUGAAGAAGAAAGAGCCAAUGGGAAAUGAUGAGUCCAUUCCGGAAGAUGUAUUAAAUCUCGAUGACCUCACUGCAGACACUUUAAAUAACCUGAAAGUCUCCCAAAUCAAAAAAGUCCGACUCCUCAUCGACGAAGCCAUCCUCAAGUGUGAUGCCGAGCGGAUAAAGCUGGAAGCAGAGCGGUUUGAGAACCUUCGAGAGAUCGGGAACCUUCUGCACCCCUCUGUGCCCAUCAGUAAUGAUGAGGAUGCGGACAACAAAGUAGAGAGGGUUUGGGGUGAUUGUACGGUCAGGAAGAAGUACUCUCACGUGGACCUGGUGGUGAUGGUAGAUGGCUUUGAAGGCGAAAAGGGGGCUGUGGUGGCUGGGAGUCGAGGAUACUUCCUGAAGGGAGUCCUGGUGUUCCUGGAACAGGCACUCAUCCAGUAUGCCCUGCGCACCUUGGGAAGUCGGGGCUACAUUCCCAUUUAUACCCCCUUCUUCAUGCGGAAGGAGGUCAUGCAGGAGGUGGCACAGCUCAGCCAGUUUGAUGAAGAACUUUAUAAGGUGAUUGGCAAAGGCAGUGAGAAGUCUGAUGACAACACCUACGAGGAGAAGUAUUUGAUCGCCACCUCCGAACAGCCCAUUGCUGCCCUCCACCGGGAUGAGUGGCUUCGGCCAGAGGAUUUGCCGAUCAAAUAUGCCGGCCUGUCCACCUGCUUUCGCCAGGAGGUGGGCUCCCACGGCCGUGACACCCGUGGCAUCUUUCGAGUCCAUCAGUUUGAGAAGAUUGAACAGUUCGUCUACUCAUCGCCACAUGACAACAAGUCCUGGGAGAUGUUCGACGAGAUGAUUACUACUGCAGAGGAGUUCUACCAGUCUUUGGGGAUCCCUUACCACAUUGUGAAUAUUGUCUCAGGAUCUUUGAAUCAUGCUGCCAGUAAGAAGCUUGACCUGGAGGCCUGGUUUCCAGGCUCAGGAGCCUUCCGUGAGUUAGUCUCCUGUUCUAACUGCACAGACUAUCAGGCUCGCCGGCUCCGAAUCCGAUACGGGCAAACCAAGAAGAUGAUGGACAAGGUAGAGUUUGUCCACAUGCUCAAUGCCACGAUGUGUGCCACUACUCGCACCAUCUGUGCCAUCCUGGAGAACUACCAGACAGAAGAGGGCAUCAUUGUGCCUGAGAAAUUGAAGGAGUUCAUGCCGCCAGGUCUCCAAGAACUGAUCCCCUUUGUGAAGCCUGCACCCAUUGACCAAGAACCACUGAAGAAGCAGAAGAAGCAGCAGGAGGGCAGCAAAAAGAAAGGAGCAGCAAGCGAUGCUGCCCUGGAGAACCAGCUGCAGAACAUGGAGGUCACUGAUUCCUGAACAUUCCUUUCUCCCAUUUGGCCAGGCUUUCAUUUCUAUCAGCUGGAAUCUCAGAGCUUGCCCACCGUCAAGGAAGCCAAGCACGCACUCAUCGCCCACCCCAUCUGCCUGCAUUGCUAAAAGAGGAACCGUCUGCCGCCGUGUACAACGCAGUGUUCCUUUUUUCUCGCUUGGACAUAGGAUCCAGUCACCGAUGACUAAUGAAACCAUGUAAUAAAGCAUCUCUGAGGGA